UGUUGGCUAUUGUCACGUGACCGACAGUCCGUCGGUUUUGCAAACGGUGAGUGGAGUGGAGUGCCUUGUCAUCAGUCCUUUGAUAUUUUGGAUGAUUGUCUUAGAAAUUCUGAUUCAAAGGUUUCAAAACUGCAAGACUACUGGAAUUUCAUAUACUUAUGCAAAACUAUAUUAUUUUGUAUUUUUAUAUGAAAAGAAGCUAUGAAAACCAUUUUAUCAGGUGGUGUAAUCAUUCACUGUGAUGCCGGUGGAUGCUGACCUCAACUGCACAGACGUUGUGUCGCCUGCCUGUGAGCUGAAAGGCCUGAGAACUUGGAAAGACAUUUGUCUUGUACGAAACUCCCUUCAACAUCAGGGUCCUUUGAGUUCCUGACAUAGCAGAAACAUUUCAAAUUGCUGGCAAGGAUAGCCACUAGCCGCGGACACAUCAAGCCAACUAUAACUUACUACAAAAUUGAACUGUUACAAAGUGCAGCACAGUGCAGACUGUGAAUAUUGUGAGACUCGAGUGUUACGACCAACAAGUGCAAUAAACUCUUAGUGCAAUUGUACUCUUGACAAAAAGUUAAGUGAUAAACUCGUUAUUGUUUAUAUUGUAUUGGACGUGAAUAUUGUGUGGAACAAUGGAGCGUGAAUCGAACCCCAUGGAGGCGCUGUGCCGCUCGGGCUGCGGCUUCUACGGCAACCCCGCCACCGACGGACUCUGCUCCGUCUGCUUCAAGGAGGCUCUGAAAAAGAAGCAGCAGCCGCCUACGACAACGCCGUCGCCCUCGGCCGCCUCGUUCGUGAGCAGCGCGCCGCCCGCCGCCGCGCCCUUCGUGAGCAGCGCGCCGCCCGCCACGCCGCUGGCCGCCGCCGCGCCCACCGUGCUCGCCCUGCCGCAGCCGGUCACGCAUGACGACAAGGUAGAGGAGGAGGAGCUGGCGGGCGCGAGCGGCGGCAGCGCGGGCACGGGCUCCGACAACGACGCGGACGACAAGGAACCCGGCAAGGACAAGAAGAAGAAGAACCGCUGCGCCGUCUGCCGCAAGAAGGUCGGCCUCACAGGGUUCGAGUGCCGCUGCGGGGGGCUGUUCUGCGCCGUGCACCGGUACAGCGACAAGCACGACUGCUCGUUCGACUACCGCGAGCUGGGCGCGCAGGAGAUCCGCCGCAACAACCCCGUCGUCGUCUCGCAGAAGAUACACAAGAUAUGAGCCCCCCCAUCCACCUAUCAUUUACUAUUCAUUAACAUUCGACCGAGCUUGUGUUUCUCGUUCAUGUUUGGCACGACUGCGGCCCGCCGGUCGGCGGCCCCCGAUUCACUUUGACUAAAUGAGAAUUGCGAGGAAGUAUUUUUGACGCGCAUUGUAGAAGGAAACACAAACUCCAUCGAGACUAAAUUUAGAUUUAUUUGUGGCGAGGAAAUUACUUUUAAAUUUUUAUUAAAAGUUUGUAGAUAAAGUUCGUUUCGGGUAGGAUAUCAGGAUUAAUUUUCAGAUAAUAAGUAGAGUUUUGAAUAUUGUCCAUUCACCUCCAUUGUAAAUAUUAGAUAUAAUUAAUUAUAGAAACAAAUCCUAUAUAUUGUAAAAAAAAUUAAUACAAAAAAAGCUACAUUGUUAUGAUAGGUACCAGCAAAUGAGCAUAGAGUGCUUAACGAUAUAACAAUUGUAAGCUGAAGCUCUUGAGGUGCGCGUGGGCGCUCGCUCGCACUACGUUUGCUUUAUUGUACCAAUACCAAAGUCGCGCACGCCUAGUGUUGAAGCCACAGUCACGCUCGCCGCUCAGUACCGCGGUGAGCAUUUGCCAAAUUAGCUCCAUCGCGUAAGUCACGGGCACCUCUCUGCAAAUUAACAUCAUCUUAAAAUUGUUAGUACUAUACUAUGUAUUUUGGGUUUCGGAGAUCGUCGCUUUAUUGUGUAACAUUUGGCGUAAGUGACCUAGUGUAGAGGCCGGCGGGCGCUCCGCCCGCUCUUUGUGUGAACUUAAAUAAGCAUAUUAUAAGUAGUCGACACUUUAUAUUAUUACAAGUAGGGCAGAAUUAUUUAGUCUUUUUUUAACCACAUUAUUCAAAAUUGUAUUUCUAUUGUGUAAUUCGUUCAUUUUAGCUGAUAUAUACAAAAGUAUGAUUUCGGUUGGAAAGUCGAGUAUAGGGUAUUAACUGAUUGGUUGGACUUAAUUAUUUAAUGACUUUUGUUGUAUAUUUUGUUAGGUCAUUGAUUAAUUUUGGUCAUUUUCGCUUGAACAUAAUCAGAUCAAGAUGAUGUUAAUAAUGAAUGAUUUCCUUCUUCUAUCUUGCUGUUUUAAUUUAGUUAUUAUUCUAUUAAAGUCAUUAAAUUUUCAAGAACAUA